ACCAACCAACUCCUCUUUCUGUUUCUCUCUCACUACUCUUCCCUAAUUUGUAAGCAAACCCCACAACCAUCACCAUCAUCAUUAUCAUCAUCAUUCCCACCCUAUGAAGCUUCUUUCUUAUUAUUAUAUAUAUACAUAUACUUUCUCUUUAUAAAUCCUAAUUCUUUCAUCUCUACAUCAAGGUGAGGGUGAAGGAUUCAAUAGUACAAUGAGGAAGCCAGAUAUUGCAUCUGGAAAAAACAACACAAACAAUAAACUUAGAAAAGGAUUGUGGUCACCAGAGGAAGAUGAGAAGCUUAUGAACUAUAUGUUAAAUAGUGGACAAGGUUGUUGGAGUGAUGUUGCUAGAAAUGCUGGAUUGCAAAGAUGUGGAAAAAGUUGUAGGUUAAGAUGGAUCAAUUACUUGAGGCCUGAUCUUAAACGUGGUGCAUUCUCACCACAGGAAGAAGAACAUAUCAUUCAUUUGCAUUCCCUUCUUGGAAACAGAUGGUCUCAAAUUGCGGCACGCUUACCCGGAAGAACAGACAAUGAAAUCAAGAACUUUUGGAAUUCAACAAUAAAGAAAAGACUCAAGAACAUGUCGUUGAACACUUCACCAAACGCAAGCGAUGAAUCCUCGUACGACCCUAACAAAGACCAUAACAUGGGAGGUUUUAUAACUUCUUCAACACAAGAUCAACAACAUAUCGAUAAUCAUUUUAUGCCUAUGUUCAAUACUUCAUCUCCAUCACCACCAACAAUGCAAAACACAGUUUUCAACACCAUUAUGUCAGGUUCUGGAUGUGGAUUCUUCAAUAAUAGUACAACAGGAACAUACUUGUCACAGAAUAAUCAUGACAGCAAAAGUUUCUAUUUGGAAAAGGUGUUUGGGAGUGUAAAUAUUAUUAAUGGUGUAGAAGGUGAUGAGAUGGAAAUUUACAAUGUUCCUCCUCUAGAGAGUGUUAAUAGUACUAUUACUUCUGAACAUAGUGUAAAAAUGGAGAAUGCAUGCAAUGGAGAAGAUGGUAAUUACAAUAGUAGUUAUAACUUUGAUGACAUAAACAACAUUGUUAUUAACAACUGCAAUGUUGUUAGUAAGAGAAGUGAAAAUAGAGUUGAUGAUGAGGUGGAGAAUUUGUUUCAUGGAGAUUUAUCUGUUGGAGAUUGGAAUUUGGAAGACUUGAUGAAAGAUGUUUCAUCAUUUCCAUUUCUUGAUUUUUCAAACUGAUGAUGCAAGCAGAUUCAACAAAGUGUUUUCAUAUUCCUUUCCAUUUUUUACACUCCAGGGUUAUAUUUGUAUUUUUGCUGUUAUACAGUACAGGGAUUAAUAAGGUAGGACUGAAAUAAAAGUCAAUCAUUGUAUAUUUGAAUUGAUGAUCAUGUAAUUAGUCUUGCAAAAUUGUCAAUUUGUAUCCCACAGAAAACUACUGUAGUUAAAUAUAUACAAGAAUCUGUCAUAUAUGAUAUAUACAAUUGU